CAUCUCUCCACACACCUCACCUCGCACGGGCAGAGACAGACAGCGCGCGGGCUUGCCUUUGCUCGCGCAUCCUGCGUCCUGCAAGCAUCUUCGGUUCCGGCGAGUCGUCUUGCCUUUCCCCCUUUCUUCUUCUUCUUUUCCUCCCUCUGCCCUCGUCCUGCAUUGUGGUCUGCGGCCGGCGGCCUUGCACAGGUUCCUCCCCAUCCACCCAUCCAUCCAUCGGAUCGGUGGCUCCUCGUCUGCCUCCGCCAGCCCGCCAUCUCAUCAGCCUCAAGUGCGGAUCCCGCGCAGGCAACCAGACUGACACAGUCGAUGCACCCCCAGUCUGUGCUGCCGCUUCCGCGAUCCACCCCGGCCAUCCAUUCACCAUCGCCCAGCCAGUCCAGGGCUGCACACCCCGGACCGCUUGUUGACUGUAUUGUCUUGUCCUCGGGGUGAUGCAGCUUGGGCUCGACCCCAGCGAACCCGUUUCUACACUUUGAAUCAUCGGCGCGCCAUCCUUCAGCCAUCGUUCUUCUCCGCAUCGACUGCUUCUUCAUCGCCCAUGACACUCUCAUUUCCAUCCCCCAACGCCUUACCGCCCCGUCCCGUCUCCUUUCCGUCUCCUGCUCGUUCGGCUUGACAAUGGAAAGGAAGGCCGGGUACUUCAUCGAUAUCAUCAGCCGUUCCUGAGCCCUCCGCCAUCCCCAUCGCUUUCUGCACCCUCUCUACUCGGCCGCCAUGCAUCAACAAACCCGUGUGCCGCCGAGGCUCUCCUCGCCGGCAUCGUCCCCUCGGGCGAACCAGAGCCGACCCAACACUGGCAGAGAAACCGCUCUGGGCUCACGGCCGCGGGCGGGUUCCAACGUUUCUGGCAGGGACAGCUUGAGCUCCCCUACCGUCGAAACGCCCGCAUCCCCUGGCCUUCCUGCUGAGUCAAUAAAGAAGCUCGACCAGAUCGUGCAGAACUUCUACGCCAAAGCUGCCGUCCUUGUUCUCGAUUCCAGGAUAAAGGUGAAAAUCAUCCGCAGCGCUAAUGGCAUGCGAAAGCCAAACAAAUGGUUCCAAAUCGAAACCGAUGAAAUAGAGGAUUUCCGGGACGAGCUCAAGGUAUGGAAGAGCUGCGGUAGUCUCGACAAUCAACCUGCGCCGAUGAUAAUAGACGUCUACCUUGACACAUCCUCCUUGAGAGAAAGCCAGAGCCUUGUCUUAAUUGACGACGAUGGCAAGCGAUGGGACGUCAUGGAACGAUUAAACGGAUCGGGGCUUUCGAGCAGCAGCAGCAACUCCCCCGUUCCAGCAACCAAGAAUACCGAGGUCAUCUUGGAACGCUGGCGCAUCGAGCUCAAAGCCACUGGCAACAGCCCAUCAGAGGACUUUGGAUGGAUCCUACCAACCAUAUACAAGAAGGCCAUUGUCUUCUUCAGGACACUGUUCCUCACAACCCGCCUAUUACCAGCGUGGAAGUUCGCCAGCCAAAGUGCAGCCAAGAACUCUCAUCCGGCGCUGACUCCUCGAUGUCGCAUUCGCAUGUCCGAGCCGGCCCGAUCCAGUCCCGACCGUCUGAGGCAUUCCAUCGAUGGAAGGCGCGAUUCAGUCACCGAAUACACGUUUGGCGACCUGGACGUUCCUGUUGGCCGCCUGAGUGCCUCUGUCACUUAUCGAAACGACUGCAGUUUCCGCCUCGACGACGCGGAGUCCCUUCUCAGCUCUCGAUUCAUGGGGGUUGACGAAAACUUCUUCAAGCCAUCACUGCCUCAGCAAGGAGACCGGUCACGAGAGGUGAGGGCCGAGGUGGGAUCCCUACGGGACAAUCGUCGAGGACCCGGUUUGAGUGAGAUACAUCAAACGUACGGCAGUCUUUCGACUUUUCAUGGAGAUGGACCGCUUGGUACAAGUCCACUUUCAGCGCUGAGGGCAGUGAAGCCCCCUGGCUCAGACACGAGCUCUCCUCCUGCCUCAUUACCAACUCACGCCGGCAUCGACCCGCCCAACUCCUUGCCCAUACGUCCCUCCUCAUCUAGGGCCCAUCGGCCUGGUGAGGGGCCAGCAAGAAGAACAUCAGUCUCUUUUCAGCCAUUCAAAGCUGGAUCUCUGUCCGGAUCGCCGGUGCCGCGGACGUUGGACUCGGAGUCACCUAUGAGUCGACCGGUUGGCUUGCCUGUCGGGUCACAGCCCAGGAAUCGCUCAUCGUUGACGGCGGGCAUGCCUGCAUCUCUACGUGGCGGUCCGCCUGCUACAGGAACAGCCGACGCCCCACUGGUUGGGUCUCCCCGACCUGCAUCGACCAGUCGAUACAGCAGCAGCUUUACUCACCGCCGUGGACGCCUGUCCAUCGGUAGCGCGCCCAAGGGCCGCGAUGAAGAGCAGACGAGCAGUGGUCGUCAGAGUCUCGCAUCGUCUGUGGCACAGCCCGGAUCUGGUCUCCUGGCGGAGGCAGGGCCGGCAAGCUCCGGCUCACUUCACGCCGAAGAAGACGACAUCUCAGAUUUCCUGAAGGCAUUGGACAGCAAGAAGACGCUCAAGAGUUUUGAGCCUGCGAAGCGUGGCGAUUCCGCCACCAAUAGGACAGUAGCUCAGCUGUCCAAGUUUCACAUGAUGAGGGAGUCUAACAAUGCUCUGGGCGACUCAAUGACAUCGUCGAUGCAGAUGCAUCGCUCGUCCAGCUCGUCUAGUCGGCAGCUGACGAGCGUCCCAGGCAUGGUCGCUCCAGCGUCCGUGUCAACGUCAACGUCGCCGGGUAAGCCAGUAUCGCCUCACACACCACACACGCCAGCCAUCCCUUCUAGGCUGAGUGAGAACUCCAUCAUCGACUACAGCACGUCUGGUCGCGUGGUUUCGAGGGGCGGGCGUCGGCAGAUAGCAACAGUUCCGGAGCCAAGCAGAGAAAGUACCAUCACUCAAGAAGGUACGACGGCUAUCGAUAUCCCAUUGUCGCCACGGCUCGAUUCGUACCAGCGACGAUCGAGCUCGGUUGCUCAGCAGACUCGGGCCCUUGUCGAUGACGAGGACAAUGACCUUGCAUUUGCGGCGCAUCGUAGCAUCAGCCUCGGCGCCGAUGAUCGAGAGCCUCCAACGAUGAGCACGCUUCUCGGCAGGCAAAUGCAGCUGGAAGGCAGCUCAGCGGUACGAGAAAACGCUGUGGCCGGCCUGCAGCCGGCGGCGGAGAUACAGGCAACUGAUUCGACCGAGGGCAUGCAAGGCGGGUCCGUCGAGGACAACCCGCCGGAUAGCCUCAUACCAUCGUCGGUGCAAUCGAGCUCGCCUUUCCCGCGGCGACGGUACGCCGGCCUGCAAGCAGCGGCUGCGAGACAGACCCCACCACAAUCGGCCCGUGGCAGCUUCACCGGUUCCCUUAACAGGUUGGGAAGGGGUGAUGAAGAGUCUGAGCCACUUGUAUUUGACUUGUCCGAGAUGGACGCUCAUGGAAGACGCAGCUUGGAAGAAGCGCGAGGUGGAAGCGCUUCGGCGUCUGAACAACAUGGUACGACGAGGCGAGGGUGGCCAUGAUCGACAGUCGCUUGUCUUGCUGCUGAAGCCCAUGGCUUCCUUGGCUGGACGCGUGCUGUCGGUCUCCAUGUUCCGAUAUGAAAUGAUGGGUGCAUCAAGGGCCCGCGAUCGACGGCAGCUUCAUGCAUUUGCUGUACAUUCAACGACUGAGAUUGUGGGCACAUUUUUGUUUGGCGUUCAGGGAUGCUUUUGGUGGAAGCAGAAUGAUUCAUUCACAUGACGGACAAAAGCCAGACGCUCCGCACAUGGAUAGGGGUUUGGUCAGACUAGGAGGCCUAGGCCUAGAGAGCCACGGAAUCUCGGGCAAGGGCACGUACAUCGAGAACGAUAACGGGGACGUUGGAUUUGUGUCGAGACUGAAGCAGGCAAGCAGGCGCUGCGGAACAUAGUGAGAAAGGGGGCUUAUGCGACCGACGACCGGUUGUCGUAUUUUACAAUAUACGAAGUGAGAC